AUGUCUCUUCCACCGCCCUUGUACUGUUACUCUUCUUUGCUGGAGGGCAGUAUUCGCUUGCUUCGGCUAUUGCCGCAUCAAGACGAGCAUGCCCCCAUACAAUGCCGGCUCUUUGACUGCGCCUUAGCGGACUCAGGAAGCACUCGUCCGUACUCGGCUCUAUCCUACGUAUGGGGUUCUGAGAACAAGCCUCAGUCUAUCUCUAUAGACGGCUGCGACUUGCCCAUCGGGGAAAACCUUUACAUGGCGCUAUCACAUCUUCGAGAUCGCUCCAUUGAACGAACCAUAUGGAUAGAUGCUAUUUGCAUCAACCAACGAGACCCGAAGGAAAAAGGACAGCAGGUUCAGUCUAUGGCGAAGAUCUAUGCCAAAGCAAGUCGUGUAAUUGUUUGGCUUGGAGGAGCGACACCCGACAGCGAUCAAGCGCUUGAAGAAAUACGCAUCGCAACAGAGCAGCGCACGAAGCGCCCAAUCAACGAAAGCGCAAUCCUUGGACUGCUAGAGGGACCGUGGUUUCAACGCAUCUGGGUGCUUCAGGAGGUUGCCGCAGCCCGACAUGUACUGAUCAAAUGUGGUCCCACCGAGAUUGACGGAUAUGCGUUCUGUUCGGGCCUAAAUGCAUUGAACCUGUCCUAUCGAACCCAUCCAGACCUGCGGCCUCUGAUCCGUUCAGUAUCCUACCUCAUAAGGGGCGCGGUCUUCCGGCCUAGAUGCGCAACUAGUCGGUCAGGCAGGUUUUCCCUAGACAUAUGCCCUCUAGGUACGCUAGUAGAUAUGUACCACACUCGCCAAGCUACUGAGCGACGCGACAAAGUUUAUGCAUUGCUCGGCAUGAGCUCUGAUGAUCCUAUCAUCGCAGGGUUAUCGGCCAACUAUGAGAUUUCAUGGGGACGACUCUUCCAGCAACUCGUCAACUUCUUCCUCUCUGAAAGGGUGUCUGUAGACACUUGGGACGAUAAGGAGAUAGCGGUAAUCAGGGGCAAGGGCUGCAUUUUAGGCGAAGUGUCUUCGGUCGAAAGAGAUGAUAAUUGGGAAGACAGACAGCACGUGGGUAUUACUUGGAAGAAUGAGUCUGGCUAUGGGGGGCCGGAUUCUCGCUGGACCUUCCAGGCCUCAGCAAAAUCUGUCCGGGCAGGGGAUGCUGUCUGCCUUAUACAAGGAGCGUCAUCGGCUACAAUCAUUAGGCUAUGCAACGAUUAUUGGGCCAUUAUGAUGAUUGCAGUUCCCCCUCCAGAUGAUCCACAAGCUGCGAGCAGGGAUACCAAGUCGGAACUUUUGCGACUGAUAACAACCUUCCCACAUGAUUUUCUACUUGUCUGGAACUGGGAUAUGUAUCUAGAAAAGUCGCAGGACGAAGAAGACUACGAACACUUCAUGGACGCCCCAAUGUCGAAGUGUUCAAAGACACAGCUGGAAGAUUAUCUGGAUAAAGUUACCAGGUUAUGGAACACUGGAGUGGCAUUACAAGAUAUGGAAAGAGAUGAGGCAGGGGAGAAUCUCCGAAAAGCAAUAGAGAUUUUUGAGAGUACAUUGAGAAGCAUGGACAACUUAGAAUUGGCUUGCCUAGGUCACGGCCGUUGGAAAAAGGGAGAUGUAAAGAAGCUAGAAGGAAUGGUAGAUCUACUUAUCAAGGAUAAGGUAGGAUGGAUGCCGUUAUCGUUGGCGGCUAAGGGCAGGCAUGAGGCGAUCGUCAAGCUGCUGCUCGGCACUGGUAAAGUCGACCUAGAUGCUAAGGAUAAGUAUGGAGGGAUGCCGUUAUUAUUGGCGGCUAAGAAUAGGCAUAAGGCGAUCGUUAAGCUGCUGCUCGGCACUAGUAAAGUCGACCUAGAUACUAAGGAUAACUAUAGACGGAUGCCGUUAUAG